AUGGUGACUUCAGCCAAACCCCAAACAAUCACUCAGGCUGUAACUCUGGCUGUCAGCCUUACUGAAGACUGUGUUCGUAUGGAGAAACUAUCACUGAACCCGACAGAGAAGACCGAGACACAUGCUGAGUCGUCCGGUGACAAGAAGAGGAAGCAUUCGAAUCUGAAUCAAGCAACUAGCAACAACAAGGGUUCAAACAACAAGAAGCGUGCCACUAACCCACCUAGGGAGACAAAAACCUUCGCAGCUGCAAACGAGUCUGGGGCUAAGAAGUAUCAGGGCACUCUGCCCAAGUGUAACCGCUGUGGUUUUCAUCAUGUGGGAAAUUGUCGUGUUGGGAAGUGCGAGAACUUCGGAAAGUCAGGCCAUCGUACCGAAGAUUGUUGGGGUAAAGGUAUUGGAGGCCGCAAUGGCAAUGGUAAUAGGAACGGGAAUGGAAACCGUAACGGUGCUGGUAAUGGGAACGAUGGCGGAAAUGGAAAUGGCAACAAUAACCGAAUUGGAAAUGAAGCUGGGCGAAACCAAGGAUGCUUCAGAUGUGGAAGCAAUGAACAUUUCAUGAGAGACUGCCCAAAGAAAGACAAUGCUCAGAUAUUCAUCAUUUCCCAAAAUCACCCUCCCAACUUCACUCUCUCUCUCCCACUUUCGGCUCUCCCCAAACCGCCACCAUCACCACCACAUAACCACCAUAUUCAUCCAUCUUUGAACAUCUUUCAAGUGUAG